GCUUUUGAAAAAUCAGAAUCUCCAACCUCUUAAAUGGUAGUCGAAUGAGAACGUGCUGUAGGUUCUUUUCUUCGCCAGUAGAUGGCAGACGCGAUUCAGUUGAGCUGCUACGAAGGGAACUUGGAACCAUAUGGUUUGGAUUUAGUUCAACAACAUAUGAAUAAGACCGAAACGGACGCGCAGGACUUAGCUUUGUAAAUAACAUUUUUAUUUGAAUGAUAUUUGGAAUUUGUAAAAUUUUAGUGUUCCCUGGACGCCUCACCACUAAUUCUUGAAACAACGUUUCAGAACACACUGCCAUUAUUUUCUAUGAGAGGAAUGAACUAUGGAGAAAAUACUAUACACUCGAAGAUAAAGAUGCUUUUGUUGUCCUUGCAUGAGUCACAUGCAGUGGAUUUAAGUGUCUCUUUGCUUAGAAAUAACCACAACGAUUACGUCAAUGUAUAUGCUUAUGCCCACAUCUCCCUCCCUAUAGCAUUCUCUCCUCUAUAUACCGGUAAUGGCGUAUCGCCAGGAGUAAAACAUGAAUAAAAGUUUUUUAGUGUACAAUCUAAAAAGUCAGCAGCAAAAUAGAAGCUUGCUUAUAUUAUAUAUAGUUUUGUUACUGUGUAACAUAACGCUAAAGAUCUGCCAUCAGAGGCCCGUGUACAUUGAUAGCCAAUCGACUCACAUACCUGGACUGAAAACCCCCUUAAGAAUAACCAUUUACAGAGAAUGAGCCUCAGGAAAAAUGCUUCAGGAAACUGAUGUCAAACCUGUUUAAAACUAACAAAGUCAGGAUGGUAUCUACAGUAUAAACAAAGGUACACAACUGGCUUUUAGGAUGUUGAGUUUGUUUUAGUCUGCAAAGUAAGUUAUGUCUGUGUGCAGAAAUGUAGCUUUUAAAAACUACAAAGCCUAUAAAAUACAGGAUAUACUUAUUUUAAUGAAUAAGAAUAAAAGAGAAUAUCAUUGUCAUUAACUGUGUUUACGUUGCUGCAUAUUAUCUUUGCAAGAUACCACGGUGUUGUUGGGAAAUUUCAAUUCAUUCGCUCAAUGUAUCGACAAAACCUGACAAUUGUGAUUCCGAUUGUAAUCGUACAGGAUGACAAUCCACAGACAGGGCAACUCAGGUGAGGUCACGUGACAGGCGGACCGUGCCGACGUGACGUCAUCGUUAGGGUGUGUCUUAGAGACAACGCAGUGAUCCGCUUACAGGAGGCAGAACGGACUGUAUUGAUCUAGAUAUUACGUUAAAAUCCAGAGAUAAUGUUGAUUUCUUAAAAUCCUGUUUGGUCUCUUGAAUUUGUAAGAAAAAGACGUGAUGCAACGCAAACUUCUGGACUUUUCCGGUUGGUUUCACUCUGAGGAAGGACGGAACCUUUUAAAAGACAUUCUGUCUCUUUCUCCAUCUCCAGUGUCUAGGAGUUGAACUCAUGUCAGCGAUGAGUGUCCAGGAAGAAGCCCUAAUGUUUUUAACAGGCAUUGCUGCCUAGAACCAGGUCGGGGUCAUGGCUCUGCAGUUGUCUCCCUUCCCUAACUGCUGUGCCGCAGGCCUCCAUGCUGUGGGUUGGGCUCUCAUCUUGCCCUGUUUUUGGUUUCUUGAUCGCGUCAUUGCUGUGUGUAAGUCCACUACCCUUGAGCAAACCGGGAGGGUGGAGGAGGAUCUGCAUCCCCUCAAGGUCUUCUUUGGGUCUAUUCUUUUUUUUAUUCUUUUUCUGGCCACAGCCCCCUUGGCCUUUCUGGGCUUUCUUCUCUGGGCUCCCCUGCAGGCCUGCCGCAGACCCUUCUACUAUCACUGGGAGGCGCCUUCCUCACCGGAGCAGGAGUCGCACAGAGGCUUUGAACUGGAAGGAAAAGCUUCGUUUGGCUUUGCCACGGCCAAUCUGUGUCUUCUGCCCGACAGCUUGGCUCGCUUCAAUAACCUAGGGCACACCCAGCAUAGGGCCACUGCCAUUGGUCAGCGUGUCAUGCAGGGAGUGUGUCAACCCAAUAUCCAGAUUUUUGUCGACUCCCCCAGCAGCUCCGGGGCUCUCAGCUUGUCCACUGCCACAACCCCCACAGCUGCAGGUAGACACACUCAGAACUUUGUAAACCAAGGAUCAGAUGAAGGAGCUGAUCCUUCAGUCUCAAACCCUGGAAGUCAUGUGAUCUCCGUGGCCUGUGAUGAUGCAGUUGAUUCUCCUUCACCUCUUUUAAAUUCCAAUCAAAACUCAAACCAGGAGGAUGGAGUAAAUCAUCAAACUGCUCCAGGAGCUUUCCCCUCCCAGGGUCUGCACCAGCAGGACCACGUACCCUGGGCAGUUUCUUCAAUGUUUCCUGCCAACGUGGAUAUACUGUGCCUGGAGGAAGUGUUCGACAAGAGGGCAGCGAAGAAACUAACAAAAGCACUGAGACCCCGGUUUGGACACAUACUGUACGACAUUGGUGUGUAUGCCUGCCAGCCGCCAUGCAGAUGUUCCUCUUUCAAGUUCUUCAACAGUGGACUGUUCCUGGCCAGUCGAUUCCCAGUGCUGGAGGCCCAGUACCACUGGUUUCCCAACAGUGGUGGAGAAGAUGCUCUGGCGGCCAAGGGCCUCCUCUCUGCAAAGGUGCUAAUUGGUCAGAAUAAGAAACAGAGGAGAGUGGUUGGCUACUUUAACUGCACACACCUUCACGCACCUGAAGGUCAGGGUGAAAUCCGCUGUGAGCAGCUGAACAUGGUGACCAAGUGGAUUGGGGAUUUUCAAGCUGCCAACAGAGACCCUGAUGAGGAGGUUGUCUUUGACGUGCUCUGUGGGGAUUUGAACUUUGACAACUGCUCACCUGAUGACGCCCUUGAACAGAAUCACUGUCUGUUUGAGGAGUACAAGGAUCCUUGCAGGGCGGGGCCGGGGAAAGAGAAGCCUUGGGUCAUUGGUACUUUACUGGAGCAGCCUACCUUAUAUGAUGAUGAUGUAAACACUCCAGAGAAUCUACAAAGGACCUUGGAAAGCGAAGAGCUUAGAAAGCAGUACAUUUCUCCUCCUGUCCCGGCAGAGGGCUGUCCGUUGGUUUACCCCAGUGUCGGCCAGCCGUGGGUCGGACGUCGAAUCGACUAUAUCUUGUAUCGGGAAAACUCCAUUUCAAAACACUGUCAAACAGAAAUUGAAGAGUUGACCUUCAUCACCCAGCUGGCUGGCCUAACAGACCACAUACCAGUGGGUUUGAGACUGAAUGUAAUAAUGGACCCAGUGCAUGAUGACGUAUAACCACAAUGUGAACACAGCCUUACAUUUAAUCAAAGGGAACUAUAUGUACAAACUAGUUAUUUACCUGGUUUCUGUUCAGGUACUAUCUAUUGUUGACCUACUCGUGAUUUUAAUGAUGUUGUAACGACCACAAAGGUUUUACCUCAGGAUUAUUGAAAUUUUAUUCCAAGAGAAUUUUAAGACUUGGUUUAGCCAUUGUGUUAUUUAUAAUUACAAUUAUAAAUGUUAUUAUACGGAAAAAACAUUCUGCAUGUUUUACUAUGCAAAGUUUAUUAUUUUGUUGCUGCAGAUGAGAGAGAUGUCUCCAAUACUCAGGGUUCAGGUAUGUUCACUGCUCCAAUGGAAUAUUUUUUUCCCUUGGUGUCAUUCUUCCAACUUAAUUUAUGUCUUAAUUUCUUUGUCAGUCAGAGUUGUUCUGUGGCAAUCUCAAUCUCCACGUUACAUUCUUUUUUUCUCACUAUGUGUCUUACACAAGAGUCAAGUGAAUGAGAGCGAGUGCAAGCCUUAUAUUAUAUAGGUUAUAAGAGACAGGCUACAUGACAUUAGCUGUUUCAACAGAUGUUUUUCAGUGACAACAUCUCCUGAAAAAUGACUUGAUUACAUUGUUGGUCAAAUAUUUGCCUUAAUGCUGUCAAAUAAAUGUAUUUGUUGUACUUCAUCUCAGUUUAUGUACUCAUCUAUUUCUUAUGUGAAUUUACUUUGUCCUAUUUUUAAAUUGUUGUCAACAGCAGAAGUGAUGUGAUGGAAGCCUGUGCUUUUCUUAGCCCACAAAUAAUAAAAACUAUUAUAAUAUU